GCCCACGAGCCGUACCUUGCCUUGCCUUGCCUUGCCUUGCCUUGCCUCAGCGCAGUCGCAUCAAACCCCAAUCUCGCAUUUCGCCGCUGCGGGAGGGGAUCGUCGAGACCCGACUCUGCGGUUGCCGACGACGACGACGAUGCUGCUGCUGCUCCCCUGAUUGACGGUGCAAUCUCCUCUCACCACCCUUUCCGCCUCUCGUCAUCACCCACAGCUACUACUAGUACUAGUACUACUACUACUACUACUAUUACUACUACCACCACCACCACCUCGGACGACAAACACCGGAGGGCAAUCGUACCUACGUACCUACCCUCCGGUUCCUCCUCCCCUGCCGGCGGCCGGCCCACACUGGCGAGAUAACUUAAUACGUAGCUCAGGUUGCUUGCCGGUGAUCAGUGACGGGCACCCUUUCGUGCGUGCAUGGUGGUCCCCGUGAUCCAUCCUCGGCUACCAUGGGGGCGGUCCUGGCAGUGUGGAGGGUCGUUGUCGACGUCGUCGCCUUCUGGCAGCGGAAGCUCGCCAGCUGGUACACGCGCAAGAGGCCCGUCGAGCUGUGGCUCCAGCUCCUCCGCAACGCCGAGACCUUUGAGGACUGGGAGGAGGCCGCCCUGCAUCUCGACAACCUGCUCGGUCUAGACUUGUGGAGGAAUAAUCCCACCUCCAAGUACUACGACUGGCGCCUCAUCACGGACCGUCUCAACUCCCUCGUCAUCUCGCGCGAGGAGAACAACUUCCAGCUCAUCGUCAACCUGCUACGCUCCGGGCUCGUCCGCAAUCUCGGCAACAUCACCGUCCCCAAGCUCUUCAACCGCUCCUUCUCCGGCACCAAGUACCUCAUCGACGAGUACAUCACCCAAGUCGCCGAGUGCGUCGAGGACAUCAGCACCCUCCCCACCAGCCUCACCGAUGGAGUCGAUCAAGCUGGCGGCCGCCGUGGAGAGCUGACGAACCAGAUGAAGCUCGACUUCAUACACGACACACGCCAGGCAUUUGGCCGCACUACGCUCGUCCUCCAGGGAGGCGCCAUCUUUGGCCUCUGCCAUCUCGGCGUUGUCAAGGCCCUCUUCCUCCGUGGACUCCUGCCGCGCAUCAUCACUGGCACGGCUACCGGCGCCCUAAUAGCGGCCCUGGUUGCCAUUCACACCGAGGACGAGCUGCCCAAUGUCCUCAAGCCUGAUGGCAUUGACCUGACGGCUUUCAUGCGCAAAUCUGGCGGGGACCGCCGCGAGGGUGGUGUUGCCGUGCAGUCCUUCCGCUCCCGCUGGGACACCUUGAUGCGCAGGCUACGCCGCUUCUCACGCGAGGGCUACUUUUUAGAUGUGACGGUGCUCGAGGACUGCGUGCGCGCCAAUGUCGGCGAUUUGACCUUCGAGGAGGCUUACAGCAGAAGCAAGAGGAUACUCAACAUCACCAUCGCCACCGAGGGCCACGGCGGCGUGCCAACCCUCCUCAACUACAUCACCGCGCCCAACGUUUUGAUCUGGACGGCUGCCGUCGCCUCCAACGCUUCGUCGCCCUCCCUGUACGGUCGGCCCAAGGAGACGAUUCUAUGCAAGGACGCCAGCGGCAACAUCGUGCCUUGGGCCCCCGCAAACACCACCGACUUUCGACAUUGGACCCACGCUUCCUACUCGGAUCGAGACUCGCCGCUGAGGCGCAUCUCAGAGCUUUUCAAUGUCAACCACUUCAUCGUGAGCCAGGCCAGGCCGUACCUGAUUCCCUUCUUGCAGUCCGACAUGCAUGGGCCGUCGCUCGUCGAGGCCCGGAGCCGUACCACACAGCUCUCGGCCUUCUUCCUGCGCAUGGUCGGCCUCGAAGUCCGUCACCGCCUGAGGCAGCUCGACACGCUCCGCUUGCUGCCGUCGAGCAUCCGACGGUUCCUCGUUGAUGAGCAGAUCCCGGCCGCGUCCAUGACGCUGGUACCCGAGGUCACGGCGGGUGACUUUGUGCGGCUGCUCGAGACGCCCACGCGUGAGACGCUCAACUACUGGAUUCUCCGAGGCGAAAGGAGCGUCUGGCCAGCCGUGGCCGCUCUGCGCAUUCGCUGCGCCGUGGAGAACGAGCUCGACAGGUCCUAUCAGGUGGUCAGGAAGCUCAAGGCCGGUGACCUGCGACGAAAGGGCAGCAUGGCCGCGGCCGCCGACUUUGACCGCAAGGGAGCCACCUGAUAGCCCCGCUUCUGCCAAACGAGUCGCGUCGCCUGUCCCCUCGUCGUACACAUUGGCCCGGUGUUGACUCGGCGUGCGAGGAAGCAGUCUCGGCUCUCGCCUGUUGGCUGUGCGGACGGGCACGCCCAAGAUUGUCAAGUACACUGAAAUAUGCGCUCGGCAACAUUGGCCGUCGUGUCGGGAUUGCUAUCGGCAAGUCUGCCACGAACACUUCCGAGGAUGUCGGUUGGCCUGCUCCCACGUCCUUGAAGAACGCAAGCCAUUGUGCCACAUGAUCUCGUGUGCGACUCCAACUAAGACCCGCCCGUCACGGUUCGUGGCCUUACAGGUUGCACAGUAGCAGCGGAAUCCAGAGCUUCCUGGCAUCCUGUCUUAAAGCCGGCCGCUUCAAGGAGCCAGGCAGAUUGAAUCCCAACCGCGCGGUGAGAUAUGAAGUAGGUCACGGCCAAGUUCCUAGGGUAACCGACUCGGCACGUUCUGUCAGGCUCGACGCCUGUCGUCACAUAGUAGAUAGGCCAACGACGUCAGGAACCAAGGGUGACCGUUCUGUACCUAGCAUGAUGUAAAUAAUCAAAGAGAAUCAGCACCAUGGAACGCAGUCAUUACUGCGGCGUUAGAGAGGUGUCGGGG